AAAGGGAUAAUUGGAGAGAACUCAUGAGUAACGAUCUUACAUAAAUACAUCUUACUAUCAAAUCCCUCUUGAUUUUCUUUUGACUAAACCCUCUCCCGCACCUCCCCAUCUCCGAUUCCACCACCGCCGCGCACGGUUGUUUCUCUCCGUCCUCCGCCGUCCAACUCCUCCCCUCUUCUACGCUCCCAUUCUCUCUCUCCGCCGCCAGCUCUUCGAGUCCUCCGCCCUUCAUCUAAUUAUCUCCAAUAAUUAUUAACCACGUCUUUCUAAAUUUAAUCACUACUAAAUUGAAAUUUAUACAAACACCUUCGUGCAAUUUGUUCCUCGAUUUUGUUUUUGGAAGGAGAGGCGCAAAACCCCCAAAAUCAAUUCCCGAACGAAAAACCCCAGCUUGUUUUGUGUUUCUAUCCAGCAGCAGAAAAAAGAGCCGUUUACGACGGUGUAUAUCUUCUCGCCGGCGGUGAAAUAGCCACGAGAUCACAGCUUUCAGUGAGAAUGGGUGAUUUGAAGACAUGGGUUUCUGAUAAAUUGAUGGCCCUUUUGGGGUAUUCACAGGCCACUGUGGUUCAGUAUGUGAUUACUCUAUCUAAAAAGGCCUCAUCCCCCUCAGAUAUUGUAAACCAACUAGUUGAUUUGGGGAUCUCAUCCUCUGCGGAAACUUUCGCAUUUGCGAAAGAAAUUUUCGCAAGAGUCGAGCAUAGGUCUUCAGGGCCGAAUCUAUAUCAGCAGCAGGAGAAGGAAUUGGCCAAACUCGCACAGAAACAGAAGACUUACAAACUUUUGGAGGCAGAUGAUGAGGAUGAUGAGAUUGCUCCAUUGCCUAAGAAGGAAAAAAAUCGAAGCAAGAAGUUCAGGAAAAGAAGUGAAACUCAGGACGACAUGGAUGAUGAUGAGGUGGUAAAAAGUGGAGGUGAUGACAGACGAGUACGAAGAAAGACUUCACGUGAUGAAGAUAAUGGCUCUGAGUCAGAAGAAGAAAAAAUACUGCAAGACCAGAGAGAAAAAGAGCAGUUGGAACGUAAUAUCAGAGAAAAGGAUACAGCAGGGACCAGGAAGAUAACUGACCAGAAGUUAACAAAGAAGGAAGAAGAAGAGGCAAUUCGAAGAUCUGAUGCUCUCGAGAAUGAUGAUGGCAUUGGCACAUUAAGGAAAGUGUCGAGGCAAGAGUAUUUGAAGAAAAGGGAGCAAAAGAAAUUAGAUGAGCUCAGAGAUGAUAUAGAAGACGAGCAGUACUUAUUUGAGGGUGUCAAACUAACUGAAGCAGAGAAACGUGAGCAAAGAUAUAAGAGAGAAAUAUAUGAGCUCGUGAAGAAGAGGACAGAAGAGGCCGAUUAUACAAAUGAGUAUCGGAUGCCUGACGCAUAUGACCAGGAUGGUGUUGUGAAUCAAGAAAAGAGAUUUGCUGUGGCAUUACAGCGUUACAGGGAUCCUGCUGCAGAAGAAAAGAUGAACCCGUUCGCGGAACAAGAAGCAUGGGAGGAACAUCAGAUUGGAAAAGCAACUCUUAAGUUUGGAUCCAAGGAUAAAAAGCAAAAACACGACGAUUACGACUUCGUUUUUGAAGACCAAAUAGAGUUCAUAAAGGCAUCGGUUAUGGGUGGUGUAAAUGUUGAACAGGAUGCCGCCGUGCAGUCACCAGAGGAUUCUACCGCCAAAACAGAAUUAGAAAACCUUCAGAGUGUCAGGAAGACCCUGCCAAUCUAUGCUUACAGGGAUGGAUUGCUCGAAGCUAUCAACAAGUAUCAGGUUCUUGUUAUUGUUGGAGAGACGGGUUCUGGAAAAACUACGCAGAUACCUCAGUACCUUCACGAGGCAGGAUUCACAGCGCGUGGAAAGAUUGGAUGUACCCAACCACGUCGUGUUGCUGCCAUGAGUGUUUCGGCUCGAGUUUCUCAAGAAAUGGGAGUAAAACUUGGACAUGAGGUCGGCUAUUCUAUUCGGUUUGAAGACUGUACUUCAGAUAAGACGGUUAUAAAGUAUAUGACAGAUGGAAUGUUAUUGCGUGAAUUCCUUGGAGAACCCGACCUUGCAAGUUACAGUGUGGUGAUGGUUGAUGAGGCCCAUGAAAGAACACUCUCAACCGAUAUUCUGUUUGGCUUGGUUAAGGAUAUCGCCCGAUUUCGACCCGAUCUCAAGUUACUUAUUUCAAGUGCAACUCUCGACGCUGAGAAGUUCAGUGAUUAUUUCGAUUCUGCUCCAAUUUUCAAGAUACCAGGAAGGAGAUUCCCCGUCGAAAUUAAUUACACAACCGCCCCUGAAGCUGAUUACCUGGACGCUGCAAUUAUGACCAUUUUCCAAAUCCACGUCAAACAGCCACCUGGCGAUGGAGACAUCCUAGUUUUCCUAACCGGACAAGAAGAGAUUGAAACUGUCGAAGAGAUUCUCAAGCAUAGGACUCGAGGAUUGGGGACAAAAAUAGCCGAACUCAUCAUUUGUCCUAUUUACGCAAACUUACCCACAGAACUGCAGGCUAAAAUAUUCGAACCCACCCCCGAAGGGGCCCGCAAAGUUGUCCUUGCAACAAAUAUCGCCGAAACCUCAUUGACCAUUGACGGUAUAAAAUACGUCAUCGAUCCAGGUUUCUCUAAGAUGAAGUCUUACAACCCUCGAACUGGAAUGGAAUCUUUGCUGAUUACUCCUAUAUCGAAAGCAUCUGCCGAACAACGGGCGGGUCGAUCUGGAAGAACGGGUCCCGGGAAAUGUUUUCGGUUGUAUACCGCUUAUAAUUACUAUAAUGACCUCGACGAUAAUACCGUACCUGAAAUACAGAGGACUAACUUGGCGAAUGUAGUGCUUACUCUGAAGAGUCUUGGUAUCAAUGAUUUGCUUAACUUUGACUUCAUGGACCCUCCACCUUCUGAAUCUUUGUUGAAGGCAUUGGAACUGCUGUAUGCGCUGAGUGCACUUAACAAGCAUGGUGAGUUGACGAAACUCGGUAGAAGGAUGGCUGAGUUUCCGCUCGACCCUAUGCUGUCGAAGAUGAUUGUUGCCUCUGAUAAAUACCAGUGCUCUGACGAGAUCAUAUCUGUUGCUGCGAUGCUGUCUAUUGGAAAUUCUAUCUUCUAUCGCCCGAAGGACAAGCAAGUCCAUGCAGACAAUGCUCGUAUGAAUUUUCACAUGGGAAACGUUGGAGAUCAUAUUGCUCUGCUGAAGGUUUAUAGUUCGUGGAAGGAAACAAACUUUUCUACGCAAUGGUGCUAUGAAAAUUAUAUCCAGGUCAGAAGCAUGAAGAGGGCUAGAGACAUACGGGAUCAACUGGAAGGGCUUUUGGAAAGAGUUGAAAUUGAGUUGACUACAAACCCUAACGAUUUAGACCCAGUAAAGAAAGCCAUAACAGCCGGGUUUUUCCCCCACUCAGCAAGACUACAAAACUCUGGAUCUUAUAGAACUGUCAAACAUCCACAGACUGUUCAUAUUCACCCUAGCUCCGGUUUAGCACAGUUACUUCCGAGAUGGGUCAUCUACCAUGAGCUGGUUUUAACAACUAAAGAGUAUAUGCGCCAGGUGACCGAACUUAAACCUGAAUGGCUGGUGGAAUUAGCACCCCACUACUAUCAGUUGAAGGAUGUGGAAGAUCUGGCGUCAAAGAAAAUGCCUCGUGGCCAGGGUCGAGCAACUAAGGAUUGAAGAUGGAGAGAAGUCUGCCGGCUUAACAUGAAAUUGUGAAUAAAAUUUUGUAGGUUUAUUUUGUACCAACACAAAUGAUUUAUAUUCUGUAAAGAGAUGAAAAAACAGUUACGAAGGGAGAAUAUUAUGGUUUCGAUAGAUAGUGUUGUGGUUUCGAUCCAUAUUCUGCCUUUGGAAACAUGCCAAGUCAAAAUAUAAAUAUAAAAACUUUGUGCGGAAAUAAUUUCUUUUCAUUCGUA